ACUUAAAUGGGACUAGUUGGCAGAUACCCAUUUCACUGCAGGAUCGCUACGCUGGAUCAUUGAUCGUCCCUGCAAGUCCCUGCAUAUGAUUGAAAUUAAUUAAAAAUACAAAAGUAUUUGACUUACAAUCCUUUUAAGUUUCAGAUUUUCAAGUCAUUCAUAACAGUCGUACUAGGCAAGUCCAUGACAGGCCAAGAACUUUAGACUUUGUUGCACAACACUGACAGAAUCUGCUGAAGUUUUUAAUUUUGUUAUUUGUUUUGAAUAAUUUAGACUCGAAAUUAGACUUCAUUUGUUGUUCUAACUAAAUGGAUUAUUUGGGAAAAUGUUCAUAAUAAUUAUAUCAAGCACCUACUAGUUAUUUAAAAUAGAUACAUAUGACACGCCACCGACUUAAUAUAUUCUGAUAGUUUUUCAAACUGUUCAUAUUCAUCUAACAUUAAGUUUGGUUGUCUUGAAAAACUUUUUAAGCCAUUUAGACUAGGGAGACGUGAUUUUUGAAGAUUGAAAAAUAAUCACCGAGUUCAGACAUUUAUUGCACGCCACUGGUUCGAUCAAAUUAUACUUAAAUAUAUACCAAUUUGUAGCAAAUUUUAUUGACUUUAAUUGUAUUUUCUAGCAUUUUUUCUCAAAAACCAAUCGUACCCGAGAUAUUUGCCUCAUAAGUAAAAAUUGUACCUAUUGGAGUGGUUUAGGGGUUCUUUGCACCCUCGGAGGGGUGGGGAUUUUCAGUAUGUUUAUCUAGACAACAAAUUCUACAUAUUCUCAAAAAAUUAGCUUUAGGUUAUUUUGUUCCACGACGGAACUUAACUGGAGUAAGAGAGACGUGUUUUAUUCAUUUCCACAAAAACUCACUUUUUACCUGCAAAACUCUAAUUUAUUAUCUACAGCACUUUAUUAUUAAAUUAUCAUAUUAUUUGAGCGGUUUUCUCUUAAAAAGUCCUAGCUUAGGAUCUUCGAUGACAGAAGGUACUGGCAGAGGAUCAAUGAACAUCGGAAAUUGUGAGAAAAUGUGAAAAACAAACUUGUGAUUUUGCAAUUAGACGUAGGUAUGUGUGAGCAUUUUUCUUCAGACAGUUCCUGGUCUCUUUCUUCGGCCCCUUCCUCGUCUAUUUCAACGAUGUCGUCCGGGGACUAGAGGUGUUCACACAACCUGUUGCAUGUUGUGUAUAUUAGAGAGCAAUAAAGGCCUGUCUUGCUGCACCUACAAUUCCGCUGGCAACGUUUCUUGCAUUCACAAGAUGCUGAUGAAGUAUUGAGUCCGGUGCUGGUUUGAAACUGGCACAAGACCACUGUUUUUUUCCUACCCUCACUCGUUCGAGUCUCUCUGUUGUUGUUGUUCAUAGUUUGUCCAGAUAACCACUGCUACACCUGAAAGUAAACUCUCUGCGCAGGCGCGUCACUUCGAGGGGGGUUGCGGGGAGAUUUUAAUACUAAAUUAGAUUUUUGGUGUGAAAGAGGUGGGUUUUUGGGGAGACAAACGAAAUACGACAAUGUUUGACUAACGCUUGAACCCAAACGGUUUGUCCUACAAAAAAAAAUUUAAGGGAUGUAAUUCAUAGAAAAUUUUAUGUACUUUCAUUUUGAAUCAAGCUGUUUUUCCGAAAAAUGUAUAGUUUUCGAGCUCUAGGCAAAAGACUGUGUCAAUUACCUUUUUUUUAACUUUUUUUGCAUUUUUUUCAAUGUUGCGCCACGACAUUUUGUUGGCAAACCUCAGAUUCGGAUUUAGCACCCCAAAAAACAUGAAGAAUCAGAACUUUCUCGCGAGAAGCUUUUAUGAGCACAAAUUUAUUCUAUUGUUCUUGUAGGCAUACUUCAUGUAGAUUAAAAGAAUAAAAUAUUGCGCGACAAAAAUUAUAAUGAGUAUUUGUUUUUACAAAUAGAGUGAAAAACUGCGAAAAUUAAUUAAAUCGUAAUUUUUUUCAAAAAUAUAUUUCUUCAAAAAUUAGCCUUUCAUAAUGUUUAGGCAGUAAUUUUUUUUUUCGUUUUUGAUUUUUGUAGCUUAGAAUGAUAAAAGAUAAGAACAUUUUUGACACAUAUAUCUCAUUCUUGCACAGUGUCAGGAAACGAGAAAAAACAGAGAAAAAAUUACAAUCAUUAUAAAUGAAAUCAUAUUCAAGAAUUAUUUAUAUCUACGCAUGUUGAGUACGGUGUAUAAACCUGACAAAUAUCUGCAUAAUUUAAAUAAACAUUUGAUUAUGUAUUUACUUUCAAGUUUCUGUAUAUCUCCCAGUAUCUAUUUAGUGUCAUUUUUUUGACCUUUACUGAUUAUAAGUUAUUGUAUUGCCAUAUCACACAGACACACAUUCUCCGUCUUUUCUGUUGAAAUUUUUUAAUUUUUUUUAGUUUUGUUAUUGCUAAUCCGAGUUGAGCAAUUGUUUUUGGUGUUGAAAUAAGUAAAUCGUGAAAAUGGGAUCUCCGGAAAGCCACAAACUGUGGGGUGGACGCUUCACACGAACAACUGAUCCGAAACUGGAAAAGCUAAAUUGCUCCCUUAAUUUGGACAGAAGAAUGUACGCUGAAGACAUUGAGGGUAGCCAAGCGUACGCUCGAGGACUAAGCAAAAUUGGUUUGUUAACAGAAAUGGAAAAUGAUCAAAUUUGUAGUGGGUUAGAUGAAAUCAAAAUUGAAUGGGACCACAACGAAUUUAUUGUGAAAAGUGGGGAAGAAGAUAUACAUACAACCAAUGAGAGAAGGUUAAAGGAGCUGAUUGGUGAACCAGCAACUAAGCUCCACGUUGGAAGAAGCCGAAAUGACCAAGUAGUCACCGAUAUGAAGCUAUGGCUAAAAACUAACCUUGCAGCGUUAGAAGUUACUAUAAAAGACUUUAUUCAAAUAAUAGUGAAUCGAUCAUUGAAAGAAAUCGAUAUCAUUAUGCCCGGAUAUACACAUCUUCAAAGAGCACAGCCUGUUCGGUGGAGUCACUAUUUGCUUAGUCAUGCAUGGAAUUUGAAAAACGACUGCGAUAGGCUUGAAAAUAAUUUUAAACUAUUGGAUAUAAUGCCUCUAGGAAGCGGGGCUUUGGCAGGAAACCCAUUCAAUAUUGAUAGAGAAAGUUUGGCAAAAGACCUUAACUUUUCUGAUAUCACUCAAAAUAGUAUGCAGGCAGUCAGUGAUAGAGACUUUAUAGCAAACUUUCUAUUCUGGGCCUCAAUGGUAGGAAUCCACUUAAGCAGAUUAGCAGAGGACCUUAUUAUUUUUAGCUCAAAAGAAUUUGAAUUUAUUUCCAUAGAUGAAUCUUACUCCACUGGAAGUAGUCUGAUGCCUCAAAAAAGAAAUCCAGACAGUUUGGAAUUGAUUAGAGGUAUCGGUGGAAGUCUUUUUGGACAGUGUUGUAGUUUUAUGAUGGUGUUGAAAAGUCUUCCUUCGACCUAUAAUAAAGAUUUGCAAAGUGACAAGGAGUCAAUGUUUAACACUUUUGAUAAACUAAUGUCGAUUUUAGAGGUUUCAGCUGGUACAGUAAAAACCCUAAAAGUCAACCAAGAAAAAUGCAAAUCAGCGCUAAGCUAUGAAAUGUUAGCUACAGAUGUCGCAUACUAUUUGGUGCGCAAAGGAGUGCCCUUUAGGUUUGCGCAUAAUAUCGCUGGUCAAGUUGUCGCUGAAGCUGAGAAAAAGAAUGUUGAUAUUUGUGCUUUGACUUUAGAAGAGUUAAAAGCCAUCAGUUCUCAUUUCGAAGUCGAUAUAGGAAAGGUGUGGAAUUAUGAAAAUAGCAUUGAGCAGUACCAGUCUGUAGGAGGGACAGCGAAAAAAAGCGUCUUGAAUCAAAUAAAUAAAUUGAAAAAAUGGUUGAAUGAGAGGGACGUGAAAAAACAUGAAUAAAAUGUAAAUGUUUGAUAAUAAAUGAAUGUACUCUCUCAAUCCUAGUUCCCGAAUUAUGGGCACUAUAUCCUAAAUCUCAUCAAAAUCGGUCUGUAAAUCAAAUAGAUAUUCUCUACUUAUUCUCUAUAUUAUAUUAGCCUGCAAUGUAUCUGGCGUGGCCCCUUAUUAUACUCUGAUUGUGAAAAUGUAGUUGUUUAAUUAAAACUUUAUUUGAG